UUCAACGAAAAUCUCUAAUAUUUGAAAUCUUUUGCUUUAAAUCUCUAUCAUUAGUUAAAUAAUAAUGUAUCGGUUAAAUAUUCGGUAGAUUGUUGCAGUGGUCUCACACAAGCCAUGAAGACCAACAAGAAGUGUGUCUGCCUUAUUCUCAAAGACAGGGAUGAUCCUGAUCUUGGCUUGAAGAUUAACAUGACAAUUGCUGUUGGUCUCCCUUCUCUUUGCAAAACUCCUGAUAAUCUCUCACAGUGCUCUGCACUUCUGCACUUGGAUCCUAAAUCACCUGAAGCUCAAGCUUUUAAUCAAAUUGGUCAGAAAUCCAAUGGUGGUUCUAUCAGUCCUUCGCCCACUACUUCUGUUGAAGGAAGUUCCCAGAAUGGUAGAAAGCAAGGGACAGAUGAAACGGCCACAGCUAAGAAGAAUAGUGCGUCUUAUAUCGGGAAGAGAUUGUUAGAAAGUUUGGUUGCAGUUGCAGGGCUUCUAAUUUGGCUUUCAUGAGCUUAACUCAAAUACUACCUAUAUAUUACCAUUUGCAGGAACCUUGACCAAUGAUUCCAUCAUAAAUUUCUUUACUGAUCCUUCUGCUCCACAAACCAUUGACUCCACAGAUAGUUCUGUAGCAUUAGCACUUAUGGAGGGUUUGUAUCUGAAGAGUUUAGCAUAUGAAUUCAGGAGAUGAAACAUGUAGUCGUACACGUAGAGUGGUAGAGUCACAUGACAGAAUGUAUUUUUGACUGACUGACCAAGCAGAACCUUCAAUGUACACCUUAUAUCUGCACGAUCAUGAUUGAAUUGAAACAUUUAUUUAUUGAUAAA